GCAGACUUAUAUGCCAAGUACACGUGUACUUACUGCCAAGAAGACAUUACCGGGCUUCGGGUCAAGUGUGUUGAAUGUCAAUAUUUUGAUUUGUGUUUGCAGUGUUUUUCUGCUGGAGCAGAAAUAGGACAGCAUAAAAAUGAUCACUCUUAUCAAUUUAUGGACUCGGGAACAAUCAGCAUUUUUAAUGGUAGCAGAGGUAAUUGGACAGCACGAGAACACUUGAGAUUACUUGACGCAAUCGAACAAUUCGGUUUUGGUAAUUGGGAAGACAUAAGUAAACACAUUGAGACCCGAACACCUGAAGAGGCAAAAGAGCAAUACAUUGCCAGGUACCUCGAAGGAAACAUAGGAAAAUACACCUGGCCUCCGCGACAGAGACGUUCAUCUUCCUCAUCAUCUACCUCAGAAUGUUACACUCCAAAUCUAACCGAUCAAACAACAAGCCCGGACCACGGGCCGCUGUCACCUGAUCUAACGUCCAAGCUGCCGCCGCUGGAUAUCACUCCUGAAGAAGCUCAGCAGCUUGGAUACAUGCCCCAGCGAGACGACUUUGAGCGUGACUACAACCACGAAGCAGAGUCGCUCGUUUCCUCGCUCUUCCUCAAUCCCGCGGAGGACGACGACUUAGAUAUAGCGUUAAAGUUAGCCCAUGUAGAUAUGUACACUAAUAAUUUAAGGGAACGGGCUAGGAGAAAAAGAGUCGUUCGUGAUUAUCAGCUUGUAUCUAAUUUUUUCUUGUCUUCGCGGAAAGGUGAGAAUUCAAGUGUCAAUAGUGUCUCUGGUGGCAAUAAAGGAAUUAAAAAGCGACAAACUAAAGAAGAAAAAGACUUUAGAGAAAGGAUGAGGAUAUUUGCGCAAUUUUACACAGCGCAAGAACAUGAACAAUUCUUAAAAAAUUUAGAAAAGGAACGAGAUUUAAGGCUUCGGUUAUCUGAAUUGUAUCGCUAUAGGGAAAACGGAAUUACCCGACACGAAGAAUGCGCCCAUUUUGAACAAGUAAUGGCAGUACAAAAUUCAAAUGAAAUUGUCAACAGCGAUCACUGGAUGGACAAAAAAUCUGGCAGCAGUGGGCCCACGUCGUCCACGCCAAUACACCGGCACACCUCAAAAAAAAGAGACGAAGAAAAAAGUUGCUCUUUCAUCGCCCGAAAAUUCACUACAAAAGCCAGCAGUACCAGCAACAGCAUCGGCGAAUCCGGGCAAAACAACAACAGCAGCGGCGCAAGCGGUUUUUCAAUUGCAAACAACAGCAACAGCAACAGCAACAACAGCAACAGCAACAGCAACCAAAAUCGGACGACGACUCCAGUCAAUCAGUCGGGAGCGGGAACGGGGGAACUUGAUGGAGUUUCUCCAGCUGGUCACCACCAUCAGUCCGGAAGUAGUUUACUGGUUAAGCAAAAAUCUUCCGUUCACAAUGGCGGUGUAAAUCAGCAAACCACCUGUACAAAGUCAAUUAAGAAUUUAGAUUUACAAACAAACAGCUUAGACUUGGAAGCAGCAGCUCACCUUUUAACGCAACAAGAAAAAAUACUUUGCCUUCAAUUGGGUUUAAAACCCACGCAAUACUUGACACAGAAAACUUUAUUGCUUCAGGAAUACUUAAGCGGUGGCAGCGGUCGGCGAUCAAACUUUAUGGCUCACUCAGAACCAGAAAAUAAAAUUCUCCAUUAUCUCGUAUCAAAUGGGUGGAUUGCAGCGGCCACUUAA